CAGCUCGAAGGCUGUGGAAAUCCAGAAGAUCGGCCUCCCAAAGUGUCAGCCGCUCCUUUGCGCCUUCUAGCUCCCUCAAGAAAGACAAUAACCUGGGUUCCUGACGGUUCCUCGGACGGUGUAGCCCCGAGCAAGGAGAAGCUUAACGAUCCAGGAGGCGAUGAACCCGCCGGCGCCGGUGACACAAACGGUCUGCCCAUGGCCGCCGGCGGCCGGUGACGAUGAGAUGUCAGCUGCUCCAGGCAUUUUCCACGGGGAGCCGGGGAUUGGGAAAAAAUAAAAAAACAAAGGCUUUGUAAGAAAAAUGUGAGUAUAAGAAGGGAAGGGUUGAUGGUAUUAGGUAAUGGAGAGGGAGUUUGGGUAUUUAUAAGGAGAUAACCUCUUUUACCCUUCUUUUAUGGUUGAGAGUGGC